CGCAGUGAAACAAACAUGGCGACAGAAUGGAGCGGGCAGCAGGGUUACAUGCUCGCUGUCGUUAUCUGCCUCUGGAGCGCGGUCAGUGUCCGGACAAUGGCGGAAGUGUCCGGUGCCGACGGAGGGAGCCAGGUGCUCGGAAUGCGGCUGGAGAGGAGCGACAAACCGGCCAGCACCAAUGACGUCGGUGUCAUCCAGGUGACUGAGGAGAGCUCCGUGCUGCUCCGGUUUUACGGGGUGCAGCUCCACUCGGACGCCUGGAGCCAGAUCCGCUUCACAGAGCUCACGGACGGCGGCGUGGCCCAAGAAGAGGAGGGUGAGGAAGAGGCGGUAGCUGCGGCGAGGAGCGGCAACGGCUUGUCGGACGCGCCGUACAGGACUUGUGUUGAUUUCACGAAAGACAUCAGCGUCGGGACCUUCAUGAACGUGAGCAGUCGACGCACUUCGGGGCUCGUUACCCUGCACAUUAAGCCGCUCCGCAAGAGCGAACCGCAGAAGGAGUAUGCACUGUGCGCGCUGAGCGCAGACGGGAGCAGGUGGGAGCUGCUGGAGGACAGUGACGGCAGGGUGCUGGUGGUGGAGGAGAAGAAGUCGCUGCUGCCCUUGUGGCUGCAGGUCAUCCUCAUCUGCUGCCUGCUGGUGCUCUCGGGGAUGUUCAGCGGCUUGAACCUGGGGCUGAUGGCGCUGGACCCCAUGGAGCUGCGCAUAGUCCAGAGCAGUGGGACUGAAAAAGAGAAGAAGUAUGCCAGGAAAAUAGAACCAAUCCGCAGCAAAGGGAACUAUCUUCUCUGCUCUCUUCUUCUGGGCAACGUCUUGGUGAACACCACCCUCACCAUCCUCAUCGAUGACCUCAUCGGGUCAGGGCUGGGCGCAGUGGUGGCCUCUACCAUUGCCAUCGUCAUCUUUGGAGAGAUUGUUCCCCAGGCGCUGUGCUCCCGCCACGGGCUGGCCGUGGGAGCCAACACCAUCCUGGUCACCAAGUUCUUCAUGCUCCUCACCUUCCCCAUGUCCUUCCCCGUCAGCAAGCUGCUGGACUGCUUGCUGGGCCAGGAGAUAGGCAACGUGUACAACAGGGAGAAGCUGUUAGAGAUGCUAAGGGUGACGGAGCCCUACAAUGACCUGGUUAAAGAAGAACUUAACAUGAUCCAGGGUGCCCUGGAGCUCCGGACGAAAACCGUAGAGGAUGUGAUGACGCCCCUGGCCGACUGCUUCAUGAUCCAGGCAGACGCGGUGCUGGAUUUCAACACCAUGUCUGAGAUCAUGGAGAGCGGGUACACCCGUAUACCUGUGUAUGACGACGAGCGCACUAACAUCAUGGACAUCCUGUACGUGAAGGACCUGGCGUUUGUGGAUCCAGAUGACUGCACCUCCCUAAAGACAAUCACUAAAUUUUACAAUCACCCCGUGCACUUUGUGUUUCAUGACACAAAGCUGGAUGCCAUGCUGGAGGAGUUCAAAAAAGGUAAAUCCCACCUGGCCAUUGUCCAGAAAGUGAACAACGAGGGGGAGGGAGACCCUUUCUAUGAGGUGCUGGGGUUGGUCACGCUGGAGGACGUCAUUGAAGAGAUCAUCAAAUCUGAGAUCCUGGAUGAAUCUGACCUUUACACCGACAACAGAAACAGGAAGAAGGUGGACCCCAACAAAAACAAGCGUGACUUCUCGGCCUUCAAGCAGGACAGCGACAGUAAGGUGAAGAUCUCCUCUCAGCUCAUGCUGGCGGCUCAUCGGUUCCUCGCCACAGAGGUGAGCCUGUUCAGCCCGUUCCAGAUCACUGACAAAGUCUUACUGAGGAUGCUCAAACACCCAGACGUCAUCCAGGAACUCAAGUUCAACGAGAACGACAAGCGCUCGCCGCAGCACUUCCUCUACCAGAUGGGCAAACCUGUCGACUACUUUGUGCUCGUUCUGCAGGGGCGAGUGGAGGUGGAAGCCGGAAACGAAAACAUGAAGUUUGAAACGGGCCCGUUCUCCUACUAUGGUGUCUCGGCUCUGGGUACACCACCACUGGCCGUCACCUCUCCUCUCUCCCCAUCAGUGGCAUCCCCCCCUCCACGACGCCUCUCUCUUAAGAGGUUUUCUCUGUUCUCUCGUUUCCCAGAGUUCCGUUCUCCGUCACGCCGGGGCAGCCUCAGCCGCUCGGCGUCCCUGACCUGCACUGAGCGCCCUCCAGAAAGCGGGUCCAUUGGCGGCAGCAGCACUCAGAUCCCAGGCACCCCCUUCCAGUACAUACCAGACUUCUGCGUACGUGCGCUCACAGACCUGCAGUUUGUCAAGAUCACUCGUGCUCAUUACCAGAACGGCCUCCUGGCGUCCAGGCUGGACAGCUCGCCACAGUCUCCAGAGGGCAGUCGCACUCGCCUGGACAUGUCCGUCUCUUUGCCGCCCGUGACGCCACUGGGGAUGUGCACUCCGCUGCCAUUGGCCACGCCUCCUGUGAAACAGCUUCCAUCUAACGCUCAGCUGACGCCGCCGAGCAGUCGCACUGCUCAGGCCCAGACCAACUCCUCCUCCUCUGGCCGCAGGCUGAGCCAGUCUCUGGCCCAAGCUGCCCCUCCUCCGUGCAGCCACACACCCCUGUCCCAGAGUCCUCCACCCUCCAUCAGCACAGCAUCGUGCAUCCUUAACCCCCACCCAAAUCCUUCCUCCAAGUCCCAGCACUCCCCGCCCUCUGCUGGCCCCGAGAACGGGCUGGGAGAGGCCACCUCUCUGCUCAGUGAGCAGCACAACUGUGUGGGCCCCCGCCAGCCCAGCCACGCCCAGGCACCCCCCCACCCACUCGUUCACACCAUCAGUCACGCACACACUGAAAGCACGAUCUAACUAACAUCUGUGCACACACUGGCACUGCUUCUUGUUCCUGUUUGCCUGUUGAACUCUUCUGUCUAAUAGUACACCUCCUGUGUGUUGUGUAAAUAGAGAUCCUCCUUUAACCGUCCUGCAUGUCCCCCCCAACACUGAGCAAGAUCAAGAAGACAGCAGAGGAACAGGGAACGCUACUGAGUACGGUUAGACAGGGCUGUGUCCAGGUGUGUUCUUAAAGGAUCAGUUCACCCAAAUGACUACAACAGGCAGUAUGUCCUCACUUAGCUCCAGCGCUGUCUCUUUUUGCAGGGAGGUUUGGUUUCAUUUGACCCAAGUUUUAAGAUUUGUGCCUCCACCUGAUUAAAACACUUUCCCAGUUACUGUGGCUUCUCCACAGACCUCAGCACGACCAGUUCUCAUUCUAGAUAUUUAUAAACCAGGUUGCAUGAAGUUUUAGUUUCUUGCAUCUGGUUAAUUCGUUUGUGCAGUACCUUAGUUAUUUGUUAUACCAUUAAAUUGACGGCCAGUUAAUCAGCUGAUGACACGCUUAGCUGUCUGUUAUGCUGCGUUCCUGUCAUAUCACUUACAUUAUGUGUUUGCUUGACUUGUUAAUAGCGUUCAACUUUCAUUGCAACUGGGAAACUGAUUGACCUGAUUUAGCACUAACAAAUCUGGGUACAUCAGAUAAGAAACAUAACAGAUCUGAUGUUUUAUUGUGAAUACAACCCUUCUGCUACCCGCUUUGUAAUCAUACGCUGACUUGAUUAGAGCUCUACUUAGAUUAAAUGACUGUGUAAUGUAACUUAGUGCUAAAGUUACACAACUACAGCUGGACCCAUGAAAGAGAGAUGCUAACACUAGCGAGCCCCCUUUGUUCUGUCAUUCAGGAAGAACAGAGUCUGUGGGGAAAAGCACAAUAGCUGCAGUAUCGUUAUAUUUCUUUACACAAAAGUGAGGAGAAUUAAAAUUUCCUUUUAACUGUUACAGCGUUAUGAGGACACAAACAUGUCUGUUAUCUCCGCUGUAUUUCGGAGGCACUUAACUAGUUUGUGAUUUGUGUGACCUGACCCUUUAAGUCCUUGACAGAAACCCUAUGGCCACACAGGUGACUGUUAGAGGAUGUUCGUUUUGUUUCAUUUGUCUCUCAGUUUACAUUUCCAAAGAGUGAAACUUCCAAAAAGCUAUAAAGUAGGUAUGAUUUGUGGAGGGUCUGGUUACAGAUUGCCUGUUCUCCUCAGCGUGUCCGAUAGAGACGUGGCAGAGGUGAACAGAUGAAUUUGUCUGUGGGAUUUGUCGGUGCUGAGCCCUCAGUGAAUCAAUUCAACCACCAGCAAAUGGACCAGAUUCACUGUACUGAGCAGCUUCUAGUCUGCAGUGAGAGUUUAACAACCACACCAGUGAGUUUGGGUGUUUUCACCCCUUUAAUCCAGCUGCUGACUGUUUGUGGUUAAGAGGCUAAAACUGGCGAAAUCCCUGGUUUGGUCCUUUGAGUCACAGAGAAGUGAUGGGGGCUGUCUUCUGGCCUACAUCCUGACCAAGGCAAUAGGUUUUAAAUUCAAUUUCAAAGAGUUACAUUAUAAUGUUUAUUUUGUGUAAUAUUAACUUAUAUUUUACAUAAAAUGUAUGUUUUAUAUUUUAGAGAUUUUAUUUAUUUUUCACCUUCUUUGGUUCUUGCAGUUUAUGCUGAAGGAGGAGCGGCAGACACGAUGACACUAACUGCACAGACACUUUUAUCAUGAACGCUAAAGAUUUCUCACUGUGAAAAGCACUUGGUCCGACUCGAACUCCUGCUCGAAGCUUCAUGUUGUAAAAACACGAGCUGAUCAAACUGGACCUUGCGUUGCUGCAGAAACUGACCUGAGACACACUGAGCUGUUUUUGCUUUUGUCUAGUACCCAGUAACACGAAGACCAAAUAUCCCAGAGCAACAUGCAGUCUACAGUUUUCAGUAGUAUGCAUGUUCCCAGUGCAUUCUCUGCACAGGGCGACUUUAUCAGAGUCUGAUACUGUAACACAAACCUGACCAUCUCUCUCAAGCUAUGGACUCUUCGGCAGGGCCGUAUCCAAGAUUUUAGAAGCACUGAGGUCUUUUUUUAAUUUUUAAAAUUAAGUUAUUGGCUCCAUUGUGUUUUCUGCUGGUUUUAUGUGACGGAGCUGUUGUUCUCCGGGAAUAGUUUGACAUUUUGGGAAACACCCUUGUUUGCCUUUUUGCAGAAUUUGACAUGAAGCCCAGUGCCACUCUGGUGACUGUAUGGUACAUAUGAAGCUGCAGCCAGCAGGCUAUUAGCGUAGCUUAGCAUAAGGACCAGACAGCUAGCCUGGAUCAGUCCAAAGGUAACAAAAUCUACAUAAGGCUCGCUAAUUAACACUUCUUGUUCAUUUUAAUCAGUGGGAAAACUGAAGUGUUAAAAUGGUGAGUUUUGGUUUUAUGGGGACUGGUGUAGGCCACAACUGUUUUUACAUUUCUGUUUAGGAUAUGAUGUGUUAAUUAUUGAGCUUUCAGCCCUGUUCCCACCAAACGAACUGUCCCCAGGGAACAGGACCUUUUCCACCAGACUUUAGUUCCUGUGAAUGAAAUGUACCUGAAACUUCCCAGUGGAAAUGCACUUUUAGACGUACUGGUAGCUGUAUUAGCCAGGCUGGCUGUUUCCCUGCUUCUGGUUUUCUUUUGCAGAGUUAAUCUAAAAUAAUCUCUCACUUCAGGAGGAAACGGUUUGUCUGGCCUUGUCCAAAGGUAAAAACUCCACAAGCCAUCUUCAGGAAAACACUGCUGCCAAGGAAUAGUCCAAGAUACAACCCCAUAAACUGACAUUUGGCCACUUUGUUACUGAGCCUUAGGGGACCUUGAGGCAGAUUGUUUUUACCUUUGGUCAGGUCUAGGCUCCCGCUCUCCCCUGCUGCCAGUCGUGGCCUGUUGGCUUCAUGUUUAACACACCGAUGUGAGAGUGAGAAAACAAAUGAGCACAUUUCCCAGACUGUCGGACUACUAUUUAACCUGUGUUUCUUGUAUGUAUUUAUUAACCUUUGAGUUCACGGUCAGCUCAGGGUGAAGGGUUGACACUUGAAUAUCAUGAACAUUCGCAGCACAAUAACUCGUUGAGAUGUAAUGGACCUACAUUCCUCUGCAUGUCUUCACACCAGUGAACUCACAGCUUUCCUCUCAGUUUGGUGUUUGAUAUGACCUUCCAAACCAGGGAUUAGUUCACAGACACCUGACACUAUGUGAUGUACAUUUUAUUGUGUGUGUAGGUGAUGUUGUACCUGCUCAGCCUGUUUUGGAGCAAAUGAGGAGCCGGUCGUGUUCCAGUGGACUGAAGAGCAGCUCAUCCUCGUGCUGUUGGUGACGGGCUGAGCUCCCAUGUUAAAGCUGCUAGCUUGUAAUCUACCUAUUUUUUCUUACGUGUACAAAACUGAAAUGACUUAAAGGUGAUUUAUUUUGUUGACGAUAUAGUAAAAGGUAUUUAUUUGAAGAGGUAUAAAUGAAAAACUAUCUGUAUAAGCUAGCACUGAUGUGAAACCACUUUGAGCCUGUGACUGACAAAGUGAAUAUUCCAAAGCAUUUCCCCUUUUGUGGGACGAUUUGUGGAGUGAGGCUGGAUUACCAACCGGGCAGGUCGGACACCUGCUCCCGCACCCCCCCAAAGCCCUAGGUUCACUUUGAGUCCUUGUUUAAAAUAUUUAAAAACCGGUUGGAUACUAGCACCGGUCCAAAAUCAAGUGUUACUGGAGGCUUGUUUCCUUAUUUUAUGGUCUGGCUUAGACGAGGAUCCCAGUGUCAGAAUCUAGUUGUUGUGCUCACAUGUUGCAUUUUGCUAAACUGACUCAUGUUUUAUCCAGCAACCGCAGAGCAAACCUGGGGCCUGGCAGUAUUCCAGUAUAGGAGUAGCAGACUCAAUGUACAAAGGGUUGGAGUUAACUGGGGGCCCAGCAGCUCAUUUUUACCCCAGUGCCCCUCCUGGUACAUCCAGCCAUGGAGAUUAACCAUAGAUUUUAUUCAGCCGGACCUCUCUGAGCCGAGAGGAAACCCUGCUAGUUAAAUGCGAACACUUAGUCGACAUAGCCUUAGACUCGAUUUAAA